AUGAAAGACAUGAAGAUGAAGAAGUGGGUAAACGUGAAGGAGGCAUUGAAGUUGGAGAAGGAGGAGACUAUUGAAUGCCCACUAAAACCAAAUUGCACUAUACAAGCGUGGAAGACUCUUGCCGAGGCUAUCCAUUUGAUCAAAAGCUUCAACCCCAGUUUGCCAUAUAACAUGCAAGCCACUAUCUCGUCUCAUCAUCUGAUAGUACACAUUCAGCGUCGCCCUGUUAACAGCAUUGGCGCCGUAGGAGCCAGCAAGAACCAACAAACCAUGUCCCACAAUCUGAACCCGGAAAAAAGAACGACACAUGGCGGUUUCCUUGGAGAUAAGGUUCCUACGAGACAACCUGACGGGGUUGCCACACACGAAGCACUUGUUCCUGGGAAAGCUGUCGAGGAUGGAGUUGAAAACAACGAAGAUGGCGUCGCCGAAGGAGGAGAGGAGGGUGUUGGAGAAGCCUGGACGGAGUUGGCUUCGUGGAUGACAAAGUUGGUGCCUCGGAGCUGGCGGCGAAGCAGGCGGAAAAAAA